CCAGAUUUACGAUUUGGAAUAUUAACUAAUACCAUUUAUCCUGAAUAAGAAAUCUGCGAGAGCUGCAAUAUGAAUUCAUCAGCCAAUAAGGAUGUGAAAGCACAAAACCAAACGGAAAGAAGGGUGGAGACUCUGGAUUACCAAUCAUCGGUGGGGCAAAUGCAAGAACAAAGGCCUGUGGAAGUAAUUCACCAGCCACAUAUUAGCACCCCUAUCUCAAACACUAGCGGUGGUGUAUUAGCUAAUGCUGCUGCGUCUGUGGCAUCCACCCUCGAGUCUGCCAAGAGAGCUAUCUCACGGAAAUAACUCCACAAUGUUGUGUAAUUUCUGUCUACAAAUAGCCGGCUAGAUUCAAUGUUUACUUUUUUAGCCGGUAUACAUAGAUUAUACACCGUUAUACAAUAUUAUACGUCCACUGACUAUUUUUAGUUUAAGAAAUUAGGUGGACGACUAUUUGGGUUAAUUUUAUCUAUUGUAGUAAAUAUUUGGCUAAGUUUUGAACAUUCCUCUUAAUAAUUAUUAUUGGUGUUACUGGCGA